GACUUCCAUACCUGUGGGCCCGUAAUGCCCCAGGGUGGCGUGCAAGCACUCGAGGCCAUGCUUUACACCCUCGACAAGCUCAACAGUGGCAAGAUUGUACCCGGGGUGAAGAUUGGCGCCCACAUACUCGACGACUGCGACAAGGACACCUAUGGCCUCGAAAUGGCCGUUGACUUCAUUAAGGGUUCGAUAAGCAACAUCGAUGGAGCCGAAUAUCACUGCAAUAAGACAGCCGUUAGGAAAGUCAUCAGCGGAGUCGUUGGCGCGGCGAGCUCCGUUACCUCUAUACAAGUAGCCAAUCUCCUUCGGCUCUUUCGCAUCCCUCAGGUUUCAUUCUUCUCCACGAGUCCCGAACUUUCCAAUAAACAGCGCUUUGAAUAUUUUACUCGUACAAUACCGAGUGAUCACUAUCAAGUUAAAGCCAUGGUCGAGAUUAUUAAACAAAUGAACUGGACAUACGUAUCUGUUAUAUAUGAAGAAAGUAAUUAUGGAGUAAAGGCUUUCGAAGAACUGGAGAGUCUUCUUGCCAAGAAUGAAAUAUGCAUAGCUGUCAAGGAAAAGCUUGUGAAGGACUCAGGUGUCGCUGACGAGAGCGUUUAUGAUUCUAUCGUGCAAAAGUUGUUAACAAAACGUCGAGCUCGUGGCUGCAUUAUUUACGGCUCCGACCAGGAAGUCGCCGGCCUGAUGAAGGCCGUUAGACGUUGCAACGCGACGGGCGCGUUCUCUUGGAUUGGGAGCGACGGCUGGAGCGCCCGAGGUCUGGUGAGCGACGGCAACGAGGCCGAGGUCGAGGGUACCCUCUCCGUCCAACCGCAGGCCAAUCCGGUCGAGGGCUUCGAGGAGUACUUCUUGAAUCUCACGGUCGAAAAUAAUAAGAGGAAUCCCUGGUUCGUGGAAUUUUGGGAAGAUCAUUUUAAAUGUCGCUAUCCUAAUUCAACAUUAACUCCAUACAAUAAAUACGAGAAUUACUGUACUACUAAAGAACGCUUGAAUAAGGGCGACAUGGCCUUUGAAAAUCAAUUGCAAUUCGUAUCCGAUGCAGUUAUGGCAUUCGCUUAUGCAUUUCGGGACAUGCAUAGGGAUCUGUGCCAUGGACAAGUAGGAUUGUGCGAUGACAUGAAGCCGACAAAAGGAGAGGAGCUUUUAAAAUAUCUUCGAAAAGUAGAUUUUCAAGGACUCAGCGGUGACAGAUUCAAAUUCGAUAAUAAUGGCGAUGGACCAGCGAGAUAUAAUAUAAUCCACUUUAAACAAACGUCUGCCGGACAAUAUAAAUGGAUUCGCGUAGGCAAAUAUUUAGAAGGAAUUCUGCAUCUCAACAUGACUGAAGUCCAAUUUCGAUUGGAACACGCCCCACCACCCGAGAGCGUUUGCUCGUUACCCUGUGAACUCGGCCAGGCGAAGAAAUACGUUGAAGGCGAGAGCUGCUGCUGGCAUUGCUUCAAUUGUACUCAAUAUCAGAUAAGAAAACCAGACGAUGAAACACAAUGUAUUGAUUGUCCCGAAGGGACUGUGCCCGAUGAUACUCAUUCAUACUGUCGAGAUAUACCGGAAGAAUUUUUAAAGUUGGAGAGCGGAUGGGCAAUUGGUGCCAUGUCUUUCUCAUCAACGGGAAUAUUGGUAACGUUCUUUGUGGGUGGUGUUUUUCUCAAACAUAACGAUACACCGAUUGUGCGAGCUUCUGGACGUGAAUUAUCUUACAUUUUAUUGUCGGGAAUACUUCUUUGUUACUUAGUCACUUUCGCACUUGUUCUCCGCCCGACGGAUAUUGUUUGUGGCAUUCAGAGGUUUGCUGCUGGUUUCUGCUUCACCGUUGUUUAUGCAGCUUUACUCACAAAGACCAAUCGAAUAUCGCGAAUUUUCCGUGCGGGAAAGCACAGCGCCAAGAGACCAUCCUUCAUUUCACCCCGCUCUCAACUAAUAAUCUGCACGAUGUUGGUCUUCGUACAGAUUCUGAUAAAUGGCGUAUGGAUGGUCAUUGACCCCGCAAAAGCCAUGCAUCAUUACCCGACGCGCGAAGACAAUCUGCUAGUGUGUAACAGUUACAUCGACGCCAGCUACAUGAUCGCCUUCACUUACCCCAUCAUCCUCAUUAUCGUCUGUACUGUUUAUGCUGUGCUAACCAGAAAAAUACCCGAAGCUUUCAACGAAAGCAAACACAUCGGUUUUACGAUGUAUACAACGUGUGUGAUAUGGCUAGCCUUUGUGCCGCUGUACUUUGGAACGGGCAAUCACGUUGCCUUAAGAAUUACCUCGAUGUCCGUAACUAUUAGCCUCUCAGCUUCUGUGACCAUUGCAUGUCUCUUCAGUCCAAAGUUAUACAUCAUCUUAAUUCGACCAGAGAGAAAUGUGCGGCAAAGUAUGAUGCCCAAUCGUCACAGCACAACAAAGACUUCGGCGGUCACGGGAACAAAUGCUUCGAGCAUGAUGGCACCUAUCACUCUAACAGCGGUUACCUGUGAUCAGAACAAAACUUUACAGAGGCACGUUACCACUACAAUGGAUUGCUCCACACAAAGCGAAUAUUAUGAAAUGUCAGCAAGAGAAUCGCAGAACGGCAAACCAAAAGCCGCACUUGUUUCAGCAUCGACGCAAACACAGCAUAAUAAUAAUAAAACCGAUUCGAUAUCACCACAACAUACAAUAAGCAAUGAAAGUUUAGAAAAUGUGACGAAAAUGGUGAACAACUCAAAAAUAGGAAACGGACCCUUAAGCCAAAAUGACAUAACAUUAUAGUACGAAGACAUCACCACUGAAAUAAAUAUCGAAAAUAUCCAUUAAACAAUAAUCUCACACA